CACGCCGCGAUGCAGCACUACGGGGUGAAUGGCUACUCGCUGCAUGCCAUGAACUCACUCAGCGCCAUGUACAACCUGCACCAGCAGGCGGCCCAGCAGGCCCAGCACGCCCCCGACUACCGGCCAUCGGUGCAUGCGCUUACGCUGGCUGAGCGCCUGGCUGACAUCAUCUUGGAGGCCCGCUAUGGCUCACAGCAUCGCAAACAGCGCCGUAGCCGCACGGCGUUCACUGCCCAGCAGCUCGAGGCCCUGGAAAAGACCUUCCAGAAGACUCACUACCCAGAUGUGGUGAUGCGGGAGAGGCUGGCCAUGUGCACCAACCUGCCUGAGGCCCGGGUGCAGGUGUGGUUCAAGAACCGCAGGGCCAAGUUCCGGAAGAAGCAGCGCAGCCUGCAGAAAGAGCAGCUCCAGAAGCAGAAGGAGGCCGAGGGCUCCCAUGGGGAAAGCAAGGCUGAGGCCCCAACCCCAGACACCCAGCUGGAGACUGAUCAGCCCCCAAACCUGCCCAGUGGCGACCCCCCUGCCGAGCUUCAUCUGAGCCUGUCUGAGCAGUCGGCCAGUGAGUCAGCCCCUGAGGACCAGCCAGACCGGGAGGAGGAUCCCCGGGCAGGAGUCGAGGAUCCCAAAACUGAGAAGAGCCCUGGGGCUGAGAGCAAGGGGCUGGGCUGCAAGAGGGGCAGCCCCAAGGCAGAUUCCCCAGGCAGCCUGGCCCUGGCUCCUGCAGCACCCGGGGGUGGCCUCCUGGGCCCCUCCCACUCCUACUCGUCAUCCCCGCUGAGCCUCUUCCGUCUGCAGGAGCAAUUCCGCCAGCAUAUGGCAGCCACCAACAACCUAGUGCACUAUUCAUCCUUCGAAGUGGGGGGCCCGGCCCCUGCCGCCGCUGCCGCCGUCCCCUACCUGGGUGUCAACAUGGCCCCGCUGGGCUCGCUGCACUGCCAGUCCUACUACCAGUCCCUGUCGGCAGCCGCUGCUGCCCACCAGGGCGUGUGGGGGUCCCCGCUGCUGCCCGCGCCCCCGGCAGGCCUGGCACCUGCCUCUGCUGCCCUGAACAGUAAAACCACGAGCAUUGAGAACCUGCGGCUUCGGGCCAAGCAGCACGCAGCCUCUCUGGGACUCGAUACGCUGCCCAACUGACCGCUGGCCUCCAACCCAGCCAGGGGUCUUGGGUGCCCCCUCCCAGCCCCAGGGUUGCCCCCAGACGGCUUGCAUGGAGUUCACUCUAUGAGCCCGGGGAUCCUGGGGCCUUGGAGUCCUGCCCCCAUCCCGCUCCCUGAGUCCCAGCCCCCGGUGAAGCCCACACUUGCACACCUUCUGCAUGGCCCUGCUUGGAUCCCACGGAGGCCGGAUCGGAGGAGGGGAGGCUGGGUCGCCCGCAGCCUCUGCAGGAGAGCGAGGCCCUCCGUGGCCAGAUCCUCCCCUCUGCACGGCCUCCUCCCUGCCCUCCCUACCUCCCCUUUGCCCCCUAGUAAGUCGAUGUGUGGAAUGUGAGGUAUAAAUAUAAAUAUAUAAAGCUAUAUUUUCAGGCCCCUGCCUGCCCCAGCCCCCCUGCCGUCCUUGCCUCCCCGUACAGCGUCCACAUCUCUCUCUGGCUUUCCUCUGUCUCUCUCUCUCCCCUCUCCUUCCCUGACCUGCCUCUGUCCUGUUUCCUACCCCUCUCUUCCCAGCCUCUGUCUUCCCCACUCUGGACCUUUGCCCACAUCUCUUCUCCCUGCUCCUGCUUUCUUUCUUUGGUCCUGGCUGUGUGAUGUUGUCAGUUCCCAGGCUAUGUUUUGUUUGGGAUUGUGACUUCUUAGUUGUAGUGAUUUUGCUUUUUCCUGUUCUUCCUCCUGCUUCUUCCCACCUGCCUGUCUCCUCCCUGCACUGCACUGGCCUCUCUAGGCUGCUGUUCCUCUCCAUCCCCAGUAGAGGUGGUAAGGCCCUAGCUGGAGACCCUUUUGCCACUGGAGCUGAGGGCAGGAGCUGGCAUUGGCCUCCUUAGCCGUCCUCCCUCAGACCUGUCAUCCAGAAGGGGUCACAAAUCACAUUCUCUUCUCUCUCUUUUCUCAGCUUUGAGGCCCCACCCAAGAUGGAGGAGGAGGGGAGUGGAGGCAGGAGUCAGGCUGAGGCAGGCAAUAGGAUGGCGGCAUCCCUGCCUGUAAGACCUCCAGGACAGAGGACGGCCACCAGUGU